CAACGGGUGGGAACCGCCGCAGAGAGUGCGCGGGAGCCGUUGUUUUUUGUCUCUCUCUCCGCUUCUGUCCUGUCAUCAGCAUGGCCCGUGGAAAUCAACGAGAACUUGCUCGUCAGAAAAACAUGAAGAAAUCCCAGGAAAUAAGCAAGGGAAAAAGAAAAGAAGACAGUCUGACUACCUCUCAGAGAAAACAAAGGGACUCUGAGAUCAUGCAAAAAAAGCAGAAGGCAGCUAAUGAGAAGAAGUGUAUGCAAACGAGAGAACAAUGAUGACAAAUGAGAGAACAAUGAUGACGGGCCAUUUGGAAAACCUGGGUACUACUGCCAGCUUGGCGUAUAAUAAGCUCUAUGAUCAAGAUUUUGUAGAGUGAACAGUCAUCCACAUGUGAUACCUUAUCCUUAUAAAACUAUUUUAAGCUUCACCUCUUAGCUUGAGUUAGUAUAAUGUUUCAGAACCACCUUCAAAGAAUAAAACACCAACCAUGCAUCUCACAUAUCGGUGAACAUUAUUUUUUUUAAUUAACAGUGAACAUUUUUAUAAAUCAUUACAGAAUGUAAUCAGAUAAGAGAAUCUUAUAUAAAUCUGGAACCUGUAAUAAACUUUGUUAAGUA